AUGUCCACCCCUCUCACCGCCCUCCUAGGCCUCACCCCCUCCUCCCCAACCCUCGGACCCUCCUACCUCAUCUUCCACUUCAUCUACGCCUACAUCCUCCUCUCCUCCCGCCCCUGGAAACUCGCCCACAAAAUCGACCACAAUGUCUCCCCCCGCGACGACCUCACAAAGUACGGCCCGAGCGCCGUAGCCAAAGGAAAACUCACCCAGCGCCAACUCGACCGAAUCCGGCGCGUCGAGAACUGCCACGCGAACUCGGUUGAGAAUUUCCCUUUGCUUGUGGCGGCGGUUGUGUUGGCGCAUGUGGGUGGUUUGGAGAAUUCUGUUGUGAAUGGGUUGGGGUUGUGGUAUACGGUUGUGAGGGUGGGGUAUGCUGGGGCAUAUAUUUUCAAUGAGAGGAGUCGGGGCGUGGCGUUGUUGAGGGGCGUGUUUUGGUGGACGGGGAAUAUUGUUUGUUUGAGGGUGAUUGGGAUGGCGGGGAAGGUGAUGAACGCUAAGAUCUGA